ACGUAGACUCCCUCAAGGUCGAAUAAAUGCUCAACAGCAGCCGUUCGCUGCGGCGCAUUCAGUUUGUGGCAGUGGCGUUGUGAAGACGCAACAUCUUCACCGGUGGAGCAAUGGCACGGGAGUUGCUAGGUCUGUUGAUACUGUCCAGUGUGCUAUUGCUGUACGUGACCGCUCAAUCGCUCGGUCCGAAUCGUUUAACGUGCGGCAAGCGAAGGGUCAAGACGAUCCAUCUCGUUCAAAAUGGGAUCGACGCAAAGCCGGGUCACUGGCCGUGGCAUGCGGCGAUCUUUCACCGCAAGGGCGAUCAGUUGGAUUACGCGUGUGGAGGAUCCAUCAUUGACGAGAACACCAUUCUCACGGCGGCUCAUUGCGUUUUCCUUGUGAAUGGGCUACUGCCCGUGAGCCGGAUUUCGGUCCACCUGGGUCGGGUUCAUCUGAAGGAGGUGAGCGAGUUCGUGCAGGAGCACACGGUGCAGGAAUUGAUAGUGCAUCCCGGAUACAAUUCGAGUAGAUUCGUGAACGAUAUCGCACUGAUCAAGCUGACGGAGAGCAUCACGAUGAGCGAGUUUGUGCAGCCCGUUUGUCUGUGGACGAUGGAUAAAAACCAGGAGCUGAUUGUGGGAAAAACCGGUACACUGGUGGGCUUUGGUCUGAAUGAGCAGGACGUCGUGUCGGAGCAGCUGAAGCAAGCGUCGAUCGGUGUGGUGGACGCGCUGACGUGCAUCAAGAGUGAUCGUUUGUCGUUCGCCAAUCAGCUUACGGCGGAGAUGUUCUGUGGCGGCGGCCAGUCGAACGUGAGUGCUUGUAAUGGGGACAGUGGUGGGGGUUUGUUCUUCAAUGUAGAGGGCAAAUGGUUUGUGCGGGGCGUAGUAUCGUUCAUUCCGGUUCGCCAGCGGACGGGACUGUGCGAUCCGUCCAAGUACACGGCCUAUGCCGAUGUGGCCAAGUAUUUGGGAUGGAUCGAUCAAUACAUCGAUCGGCGCGUGCUCGUGUUCGAUACCGACGAGCUGGAGGUGGAUUACGAGGAGAAGCUUCCACUAUUCAAUCUGAACACUUGUGGUACGAAGAGCGAGACGGUGCUGGCCACUGGACGACCGGCUCCCCUGCCUUGGCUUGGGUUUGUUCUGACGAAGGAGAAUAAGGUCAAGUGUGUCGUUACACUCAUCAGCGAAUGGUACGUGGUGAGCACGGCAAGCUGUUUUGAAAAGAAUGAGAAAGAUUUGCGCAUUUUGUUUGGUGGCUAUGAAGAUUUACUCGAGCAAAAGUGCUUCGAGCGUAAUGGCACAACGAUAUGCGCGUAUCCAACGCAAUCUCGCUCGAUCGGGAGAGUAGUGGCCCAUCCCAGGUUUAGCAAAAACACGAUCAACGACAAUAUAGCGCUGAUUGAGCUGCAAAGUCCCGCCGACACAACGCAACCUCACGUGAAGCCCAUCUGUUUGCCUGUAACGCCAACGCUGUAUACCAACCAAACAGAGAACUUUUCCGUCCUGGCGUUCAGGUUGACCACCGGGACAAUCGUUGAUCAGUCGGUGAACCAUGUAGAUCCUGACUUUUGUAAAUCCGUACACAUCGUUGCCGGAUUUGCGAUCGAUAAUGAGGAGAAGAGCUUCUGUGUGUCAGUUCCGGAGGAGGAUGUUGCAAACUGCGACAGUUUGCUCGGGCAGGGUACUCCACUACAGGAGCAUGUGAGUAUGGUCGAUGCUGGCGAGCGUUACGUACUGCGAGGAUUCGACCUGCUCGGGCUAACCUGUGCCGGAGACAGCUCCAUACCGGUUUUGUACGUGAAUGUGUACUCCUACCUCGACUGGAUGUUGUACAACAUGCGAUACAACGAAGCGGUAAACGAGGACGAGCAGGAACUGAUCGCGAAUGCAACGCUCGCGAAAUGGAAAGAGCGUCAGCAAGCUGUCGGUAGUGAAAAGCUAAAGCUCUUCAACAUGGAAUCCUGUGGCCAGAAUGUGGUCGAACCGAGGGGUACCGGUUCGAUCACACUCAUUCCGUGGAUCGGAACGCUGAAAAUCGUGGAAAAUCCCGUCAAGCAAAACACGGUGCCAGAUGGUUUGGUCGUUUUGAUCAACGAACGUUACGCGCUGACGUCGGCAAACGUGUUUCGUCCCGAUGUACAAUGGCGAUCGAUUGUGCUAGGGUUCAAUCACUACAAUCCAGUUCUGGAGAUUGCAUGCACAUUUGGAGUGUGCGAUCGUCCGUACCAGGCGGUGGAGAUCAAGCAGAUCACCAUCCAUCCACAGUACAAUGGCACAUAUAACAUCCACAACAUCGCACUGAUUGAGCUGGUAGAACCGGCCAACGUUACCAAGCGUUACAUCAGCCCGAUCUGUAUGCCACUGAUAGAGGAGUUUCGAAACAGUACGCCCUUCGAACUGGUAGUGCCAUCGUACAUUUACCACGAGCAAAGCACCCAGCUGGAGCCACUGGAUCCGCUCAACUGUCAGGAACGAUUUGCGCAACAGAACGCCGCCAUUACCUUGAACAAUCGGUCACGUUGUGCCGUUGCGCUGGACAAGGAAGCAAAGGAGCCGGCGGCGUUAAAGGCAGGCGCUCCGCUACAAACGUUACUGCGGGUUGGAAGCGAGAAGCGCUAUUUUCUAAGCGGAAUGAACAGUUUUACGGAUCUCGUUAACUACCACAAUCCAGGCUAUCCGUAUCUGUUUACCGAUACCAAUGCGUACCUGGACUGGAUGCUGGAAAACAUGCAGCUUGAUAGCACUGUAUUGCCGGAUUCCUAUGUGGAGCAGGUAGAUCCUUCUCCGACUCGAAACACAUCUAGAAGAAGGCUGUUCAAUUUUAAAACUUGCGGGGCUUAUACCAAGGGAUCCAGCGCGAACGCAACGUACGAGACGGAGCCGUGGCAUGGAUUCGUGCACGAAUGGAUUGAGGCGUAUAAUUCGACCCUUUUUACCAGAUGUACCGUUGUGCUGGUGAGUGAAUGGUACGCGAUUGGUGUUGCGAGCUGCCUGAAACAAGAUGCCAAGCUUUGGGUGCAGUUCGGUGGCUACGUUGAGUCAGAUUCAGGCGAUAAUUGUUGGGACGCGGAUGGCACGACGAUAUGCCGGCCUAAGACGCACCGGAUUGCAGUGGAGAGGAUCAUCGUUCAUCCACAAUACAACAGAACCGGAUACACGGACGACAUAGCGCUGGUUCAGCUAGCAACUCCAGCAGACGUAUCGCAACCUCACGUGCAACCGAUCUGCCUGCCGAUUCUUGAUGAAGUUCGCAGUUACGCUGUGUCCAGCAUGGCGACAGUCACUUUUGGCUUAGCGCAUGGUUCGUUCAUCACGAGCAAGGUGGAUCGCACCCGGUUUGUCCCGCCUGCCGAAUGUCAACGGCGCUGGAAUGGAAUGGCGUUGAGGUUACAGAUCGAGCGCACGAAACAAUGCAACCUGAUGGUCCGAGAUUCACAAAACGAAUGCUACCCUGUUAUGCCGGGCUUUCCGUUACACACAACACAACAAUUGCUAGGAGAGCAGCGUCACUUUUUAAGAGGGUUACUCGCUUUGCGACCAGAGCUGUGUAGCAGUUACUAUCCUGCAAUCUAUACCGAUGUGGAUGUGUAUCUGGACUGGAUACUGGAUAGCAUGGAUGAGCGACUAGGGACCUCCAAACUGCCUUAUAACUUGACAGAACACUUAAUUUUCAUUCAAAAGUAGCAGCACAGCUUCCUGUCACAAAAGUUCCCCCCUGAAAAAAACACAAACAUCCUGCCAGCAGCUCCCGGGCGUUACGAGUCUUCCGUCUAGACGGAGCAAAUGGUCUUCUGUCAGUACACUACCUUUUCUGUGUUUGAUUCUGUCUCACUCACCCCUCGACUCUCGACGAGCGGCGACAAAGAAACAUUAGCACGAGGUUUGAUGUCCGUGGAGUGAUUCACAAAACGUGCAACCCCGCAAAGCGAAGAAGUACAACUUUUGUGAAGCAUUAAUUUAUGUUACCGCCAUUAUUAUGAACCGCUCGACAAAUCGAAUCAAUUCGUUGUUGGCCCACCUGAGCGAUGUGUGUGCAGCGGGGCUCACAAACACAAAGAAGUCUACAUUCAGGCACUCGUUCGCUGAUUUUUUUUCACUUCUUUGUUUGCCCGGAAAAGCAAGCCUCAGCAAUGAAAUCGAUCGGUUAACGGAGGGGUUGAUAUCAAUUUACCCUCUCGAACGAAAUGUGUUCCCAUUUCAGUUUGAAACUGAGCGGUCACGACGUGCGAGCGAUUUUGCACGUGAAAGGUGAGGAGAUUAUUGAUAUCGUCGAAGCUGGUGCUCCAUUUUCGAACCGAUUUCCCCUGCCACACUAAGCACUUCACGCUGCGAUUCUUUUUAAAGAAAAGUGCUCUUUGUGGCUUGAAACUAAAGGGGCAGCAGGUUCGGCUUUGGGUUGAACUUCUUCUCCCAAACGAUGCCCUGAACGGAGGACGCUGAAGGUUAAGCUGGUGCUGCGGUGAUGCAGUUGCAAAGGUUUCUCAUCUUGCCUCGAUCAACGAUGGCAGUGAUGUUGGUGAACGUGCUUCAAUCAAGAACGUCUGGUAGUUGGAGAGAGACGAUGCGGAACAUUGGUUCACGUGCCGCACGUACUCCAAAAACGCACGUCACAUGAAAACGUGUGCACGGGAAAAGGGAAGAGAUUGUCUUACGGGUAGAACGGCUCUAUUAAAAACAUAUCCAUUGGCUUUGGUAAAGGAAAAAAGAGGUUAGUUUGAGAGGGAAAGGGUAUUGUGGCAAGAAGAGUACUGUUUAAUGUAUGCACGAGCAACAUACGAGCUGCUGUCGCUGACAGAUAGCCAUAAGACGCAAGAUAGCAGAAGAAAUGUGAGAAACACAGUGCGUUUAUAAGUAAGAAAGGGGUUUAGGGAAUGCAUGUGAACGUAUUGAACAAAACAAGCAAAAGCAAUAUAAGGCCAAUUAAAAAUGACAACUGUUGUUAAGCUAUUAAAAGGGUAGAUAUGUCGUGCGGAUUGCAUACCUGUGGGCGUGGACACAUGUAAACGAUAGCCUACAAUCAGGCGUAAUCUCUCUCACUGGCAUGGUUUCCGGCAUUCUUUUGUCAGUUUAAUCACGAGGCCAUAAACGAGUGGAAAGGAUUUUAAAUUAAAUUAUUCAACUUUGCACCUACACCUCUACCACGUGACGGAAUGGUGAAUCUUUUCUGUUUCAGUGGCUUUGUUCUAUUCGAAGCGCCAUGCAUCUACGCUGGAAGCUAUUUUUAAUGAUAUAAAUUCCUUUUCCUUUUGUUGGGUGGAUGGAUUACAGCCGGCUGACCAAGAUCUGCUUGAUCCAAUACGCAAAAGGGCAGUAAUGACGAUCUAUUUUUGGCGUCAGUUUAAAAGGAUUGGAGGAGCUCUCAUCGACCUUUACCAGGAAAAAAGGAGAUUUUUGUACAUUUUUCCAGAAGAGAGAACAUCUCCGCACACUUGUAGCGAGUAACGUAUACUAUCCUUCGUGUAAAGCCCGCGGCUGACCUUUUGAAAUGCUAAGAAUUGAUUAGUUGAGCAAUGCAAUUUCUUCGUAAAUUUCCACUGCCCUAUAUCACAAUAUGUCACCCAGCCUGCUCAGCACACUGUGCACACUUUAAUCGUGCUUUAUUUCAAAUGGCUGAUUGAGUAAAACAGGUCAGUUGAAAGGGGCUAUUUAUUGAACCAUAAAUAUCGUGCGACUUAACCCUACCUUGUCUCAUUGUUGUCUAAUGGUCAAUGUACGGAGUGAGACGUUUAAAUCUUUGAGAGCUUCCCCAGGUUUUUUUUUUGUUGAAGUGAAGGAAAAAUCGAACCGAAAUGGAGCGCGUCCCGAUUGGGUAAUAAUUUUCCCAGUCUCAAUGGACCGGACCGGAACAAUGCCGGCACCGUACGACCAGUCAACGAGCUGGAGCUGCUCUAUCAUGUGGCCAGCAACGGUGGGUGUGUGGCGCUUGGUUUGCAGCUUAUAAGCUUUCGAUUCAUAAGCCGUGAAUUGACCACCGAACGAGCUGGGUGCAGUCGAUGAUGGCGAUGAUUAUGAUUAUUAUGACAAGCUGUGCUGACUUUGUGUUUGUCUGGCGAAAACAGCGAUGUGUGGAUGGGAAUAAAUACAGCACUAGUCGCCGCUGAUAAUGGGUCGACUUUCGACUGACUUUGGCCGGCGAAAAACAUACCGCGAUGUGAUUGUGUGUGUGUGUGUGUGCGAGAGAGAGAAAGAGUGUGUAACGGCAUUCCGGAUUCCGACGGCAUUUAAAGUGCUGCCCGGUUUAGAGAAGUUGUCGCCGUUCGCGCGGCAAACUGCCGCCUCGGAUUAACCCGGAUCAGCUACGUGGCAGAGCGCUUGGGGGUUUUGUUCUGGCUCCACUGUUUAGCAAACUAAUGGCGACCGUACGUGCGCCGUACGUGAGGUGCAUGAAAUGUGAGCGAUUCCGUGCUAUUCCACCGAGCCACACCACGGCCACGCCAGAUGCAGUUAAUCGAUUGUCGCGUGGUGAUUUCUCGCGUUGCCGUGUUCCUUUUUAGUGCCAGUUGUUUUAUUUUGUUCUGCUUGUCAGCUUUGCCCAACUCGCCCAUCGUUCUCUCGUUUUGUUGACGGUGCUUCGGGCUUCCUUAACCUUUCCAGACAGCCUGUCACGGGCGCUGGUUCCGUAAGCUCCCGGCUGUGGCAACAGAAUCGCUUCGCUGCUUUGUUCUCCGUUGUUUGCAACUCCUUAGGGGAGGGAACUGUUCACAGAGUGUACAGGACGGGCCAUGUUUUCCGUGUUCCGAGGAGUUUCGCUCUGGAUGGGAGUUGUUUGUGGCAAAUGGGUGCGCUUAACGUUAGUUUCGCUGACGGUUUUGGAUGAAAACUAGCUACAUUUAAAAGGACGAACAAAAGAGAAUUCAAUGCUUAGAAACUGGAUUAGACAUGAUUAGGAAAGACAGGGAAUUAACAAAAGGCAAUGGUCUAAAUUGGCUGUCCUGCAGAUAAUACUGCAAAGUAUGUGCAAAACAGUAAAUUUCCGGGAGGAUUUGUUUCGGUAUAAUGGCACAACUAUCUUGUAAAGUAACUUUUAUGAUACAUUCUGCUGUGUUUUGCCAUUUA